AUGUCGCCUUAUUACUUCAAGACGGUGACAGAUGAGAAGACGUACAUGAAGAAAUCGGAAGUCGCACAACCAUUAUCUCAGCUACCAGUAAUAUCUGGUAGUAGAUGGGGCGCCGAGCAUUUGAAAGCGUGUCAUGUUGUUGUAAACAGCAAAGUCGGUUACUGUCUCCCGGUAUUGCACAGUUACGAUCGUGCAAUACGAGAAACAUUCAAGCCUGGUGAAGAGAAUGCACAUAUAGCAGCGUUCAUUAAUGGCCUGGCCCGAGAGCAUCGGAAAAUGCGGCAGCACGCCCUUGUACAAGAGCCAGAAGUGGGUGCAACUUUGGCGAGAUUCUGGACAGCGCUGAGGGACGUCAAAACAUUGAAGAGCGACAAGGAAGAACAGAAAUCCUACCAGCGGACCUCUAGUCGGGUGAAAUCACAGACAACUUAUCCAGGAUACGUGAACUCCGAGGUGAUCGCAAGCUCAAGCCAGGACCACGAAGACAACCCGGCCUCCUCUUUCGCUACUUCAACAGGUUCAUUUACUUCUGAACAAGUACCUGCAGUGCAUCUUCCGGUUGAGUUGUACACUGUCGAGCUGGCUCUGGCCGCCAUCAAUCAUAUCCUCUUGUACACUCAAAACCCUAGUUCAGACAGGCCUGUGGAAAUCCGCCAACAGGAGAGGUGGUUGAUCCAGAUAGGGAACAAACGGAUCACGGCAAUUGAUGAUGGAGGAUUGACUCUGAUCGAUGAUGAUGGAGAAAGGACUGAAAAUUCGGUCGUCUUGCUGGAGGCAAAAAGGCGACUCGAUGUGUGUGACGAGGCUAACCGACCAUUUGUGUCCGAUGAGCUACUUGGGCAAAUGACAUGCGAGGCUAUUGCCGCGAGAUCUUCUCGCCAAAGUGACAAUGAACGCGAUGACAUAUUCAUUGUCAACAUUACUCAGCAGUACAUGUGCUUCUUUCACUUUAUCAUCACGGCAGACCACCUCGAGAAUAUUGAGCAUGGUAGAAUCACAGGAAAAGCUAUCAAGGUGACAGCAACACAUUGGUUCAAUUUGGAGCGCCCAUCUGAUAGGAAGUGCAUCGUGAAGAAUGUACUCCAGCUUGCAGAGUACAUGAAACAAAUUGAAGAGGAAGAGUAA